UACACCGUACACGAUUCUACCAUCAGUUUUAUUUUUAUACAAGGAAAAUGCCAAAAAUUCCAAAAUGGCUUUUAGUUUGAUUAACGGAAACCUGCAUAUGUUUAUUCGAUAAUUUUUUGAAAUUGAUUUGUAAGAUUGUAAGAGGGUCCUCAAUUUGAAUUUUGACGCAAUUGCAGUAUUGAAAAUAUCGACGUAUGACUCCAUGGAUCCAGAUAAAGUGAUCAGGUUUCGAGAUUGUACAAUUUUACGAAAUGGAUCUUUAAUUAAGGAAGAUCUGUGGAUCCGAAAUGGAAAAAUUCUGGACCCCGAACCGCUUUUCUUUGAUGAACAACGUUCUGCAGAUAUUAAUGUUUAUUGUCCGUUUAUAAUUUCUCCUGGUUUCAUCGAAACGCAGAUAAACGGUGCUUUUGGAGUGGAUUUUACGAGCUGCACUGCAGACAAUAUCAAAGCUGGUCUGGAUUUAGUCAGAAAAGGAAUUCUUCGGCAUGGCGUUACCUCAUUCUGUCCCACCGUUAUCACCUCUUCGCCUGACAACUAUCACCAGAUUCUUCCGCACAUUAAAAGAGAUCCUGGAGGCCCCCAUGGAGCUGAAAUUCUUGGUUUACAUUUAGAAGGACCUUUCAUAAAUGUGAGCAAAAAAGGAGCUCAUCGAUCGGAAUUUAUCCAGAGCGAAAUGCUUGACGGCAUGGGCUACGUCGAAGCUGUAUAUGGGAAUCUCAGUAACGUUUCAAUUAUUACCAUGGCUCCUGAAUUAAAUGGCGCCUUGAAAACGAUUGAACAGCUGGCUCAAAAAGGAAUCGUUGUUUCUCUAGGACAUUCAGGAGCGAACAUCGAAUUGGCGGAAGAGGCUGUCCAUCGCGGCGCAUCAUCGAUGACCCAUUUGUUCAAUGCUAUGCCACCCUUUCAUCACCGUGAUCCCGGUAUGAUUGGAUUGAUUGCUCAGUCGGCAACCGGGGCGGUUCCCCAAGUAUUUUACGGCAUGAUUCCUGAUGGUAUUCACACUCACGCGGCUUCCUUAAAAAUCGCAUAUCGCACACAUCCGAGAGGUGUCGUACUGGUUACUGAUGGAAUCUCCGCCAUGGGGCUUAGUGAAGGAUUCCAUUUAUUGGGAGGAUCGAAACUUCAUAUUUCUGGAAAUCGUGCAGUUAUAGCUGGGACGGAGACUCUUUGUGGUAGUAUUGCGACGAUGGAUCGUUGCAUACGCUACUUUUUGAAAGCUACAGAUUGCACCGUUGAACAAGCAUUGGAAAGCGCUACGCUUCACCCUGCUCAAAUGCUUCAUAUCGAGCAUCGAAAGGGAACACUGAGUUUUGGCAGCGAUGCUGAUUUUGUCGUUCUGGAUAAUCAGCUCUCUGUUUUGGCUACUUUUAUUGCCGGAGAGUGUGUUUGGCAAGGUGAUACCUUCCCUUCUCCAGUUCUUCCAUUCCCGAUUAUCGCGUGAUGAGAUCGAUCCGGAUAGCAAGCUGCACUAACGUCCAGAUAUAAAUAUUUACAUCUUGCAUAUUGUCAGACCGGUGCUUUUUUGCGCUUUCCCGUUUGUGAUGGCCAUUUGCCGAAUUUUUCUAAGAGAUCUGUUCGUUUUAUUUACUGAAGUUGUCUUGCGACUAUGUAAUCAACCAAGAUGUUCAGGUGAUUUUUAUACCUUUUUUGCAGUGUUAGUUUUGCACUUUGUGGUAUCAGAGUUUGACGCCUAAUUUUUCCAACUUCUGCACGCGUACUUAAUGGCUCUAGAAUUUAGAAUAUCUUACUGUAAAAUGAUUACUUAUUA